AUGAGCGCUUCAAACCGAAACUCUACCCACGUCGCAUCCCCCAACACCGAUCAACAGGGUUCGCAGAAGGGGUCGACGGACGAGAACAGCGCUCAACAGCUUGUGACUGCAGUCGACGAGCUGCUGGAUCAGCUACAAAACCGGUUCGAAAAUGUUUCAUCGGAGAUACUAGGCAAAUUGGAUGACAUGUCACGGCGGAUUGACGAACUGGAGACUUCGAUUGCUUCCUCCCGUGAAUCGACCCAGUCUACCUGA